AUGAAGAAAGACAAUGAAUCCACUAUCCCAGAUUUCAUCCUCCUGGGAGUUACUGGUCAGAAAGAACAUGAUAAUGUUUUAUUCAUCCUCUUCCUGUUCAUUUACCCCAUCACAUUGACUGGAAACCUGCUCAUCAUCUUGGCCAUUCACUCAGACAGUCGCCUUCAUAAUCCCAUGUAUUUUUUCCUUGCCAACCUCUCCUUUGUUGACAUCUUCUUUUCAUCUGUAACUAUCCCUAAGACAUUGAUCAACCACAUCUUAAGCAGCAAAGCCAUCUCCUUUGUGGGAUGCCUGACACAGAUGUAUUUUAUGAUUGCCUUGGCUAAUGCAGACAGCUAUACAUUGGCUGCAAUGGCAUACGACCGAGCUGUGGCCAUCAGCCGCCCGCUUCAUUACACAACAAUUAUAAGCCCACGGUUUUGUGUCCUACUGGUUGUUGGGUCUUGGGUAGUUGGAAAUGCCAAUGCCCUGCCCCAUACUCUCCUUACAGGUAGUCUGUCCUUCUGUGGCAACACUGAUGUGGCAAACUUUUACUGUGACAUUAUGCCUUUGCUCAAGUUAUCCUGUUCUGACAUCCGUUUUAAUGUAAAGAUUAUGUACAUAGGGGUUGGUGUUUUCUCUGUGCCAUUACUAUGCAUCAUUAUCUCCUAUGUUCAGGUCUUUUCCACAGUCCUAAGGAUUCCAUCUACUAAGGGUGUGCUUAAAGCGCUCUCCACUUGUGGUUCUCACCUCACAGUUGUUUCUUUGUAUUAUGGUACAAUGAUGGGCAUGUACUUCCGCCCUCUGACCAGUUACAGCCUGAAGGAUGCAGUGUUAACUGUGAUGUACAUGGCAGUGACCCCAAUGUUAAAUCCUUUCAUCUACAGUCUGAGAAACCGGGACAUGAAGGCUGCCCUACGGAAACUCUUCAGCAAGAGAAUCUCCAUAUGA